AUGGCUGGCUUUUUUACUUAUCGGCAAUUCUCCCUGGAUGAUACUCCAUCCUUGACCAACAAAGUGGCCGUUGUAACAGGUGGUCAAGCAGGCCUACUUCUGCAUAGGAUUGAGAAGGUUUAUGUGCUUGCCCGAAGCUAUGAUAAGUAUCUACGCGCGCAGGAGGACUGGCAGCGACGUGCUGGUAGUUCCCUGGGGAAGGAUGAUACGAGAGUUCAGUUCAUCCAAUGUGACCUCGCCGAUAUAGUGGCUGCCAAGGAUGCAGCCAAUGAACUCAAGCAGAGAACUGACAGGCUUGAUAUCAUGAUAUGCAAUGCCGCCAUUGGUGUAUCAACCAAGUAUGAACGAUCGCCACAGGGUAUUGAACAGGUAUUUGCUUCAAACUGCGUUGGCCAUCAGGUGUUGGCAACCAAUCUGCUGCCCAUCAUGAAGGGUACUAUUACUCAAGGCAAGGCUAGCAAUGGGCGAAUUGUGGUAGCUAGUUCGUCUCUGCACUCAUUAUGCCGUGAGCUAAAACUCGACCUUCUCACCUCACCCACUCGUCCUAAGCUAGCAUAUAUCGACGGUGUGUGGCGUUAUGCUCGCGCUAAAGUAGGCAACAUACUCUUUGUAAGGGAACUAAGCCUGCGGUUGAUGCAAGAAGAGGAUCCAGCCAGUAGCAAGAUUUACGUUAAUGCCUUUUUCCCAGGUAAUAUCGUUACCGAUCAGUGGAUUGUUUGGGAUGAGUAUGAUGGAGGAGCCCUGGGUUCCCUGCUUAGGCGCCUAUUCUCAAUCAUUGGUCAGAGUCUGGAAGAUGGUGCUGCAAGUGCCAUUUAUUUGGCCGCGAGUCCAAAGGUGAUAUUAAACGGCACUCAUGGUCAGUACUUCAUUCCUGUUGCAAAGCCAUGCGAGACAACUGCCAUUGCUAGCGACUUAAAACUCUCUCGUGAUCUUUGGGGAAGCCCUGGCCUUCCCUCCCAUAAUGAACGUUUCCUAUUGCGCUCAGAUUGGAUAGAGGCCAAAGCAGCAGAGGCUCUAACCCCCGAAGAACAAGACCAAACCCGUACCGUCGAUAAUUAA